UCGAGCACCGUUUGUCGUCGCAUUCGUACAACCAGAUACCAUCUUAUCACACAAAAUGGUUCCGCGAUUAGGUUAUAAUCACUUUGCGCACAUUAAUCUAGUGUAUACAAAGUGUAAUACAGUUUUCGACGUGGUCUAACUUCGUGGUUCUGGUGCUAUUUCUAGAAUGUCAUCCACGUCGUCUCUUGUUGGCAGAAAAUUAGUGCUAAACACGUUAUUGGAAACAGACCACUACGAGAGUUUGAUCAAGGAGUUGACAUGUACAAAAUGCAAGAAAUACAUGAAGCCACCUAUUAAUCUAUGUGUAGACGGCCAUAGUGUUUGCGGGGCGUGUUUUGAGAAGAGCUACCAAUGCCAUGUAUGCCAGAAAGAAUACUCCCAAAUUCGGCCGGCAGUUCUCGAGUCGCUUGCCAAUAAGAUGCUAUUCCCUUGCACUAACAGUGGAUGUCCAAAACAUGCUACACUCCCUCAACUGGAGCGACACAUCUCGCACUGCCAAUUCCGCAUCAUAAACUGUUUUAUGGCGAGAGUCUACGGCGAAUGCACAUGGGAAGGUCGAGCCGGCGAGUGGAUGGACCACUGCUUUGCGGAGCAUAAGAAAAGGGUCACCGAGUUGCCGUUCAUCACCGUCAAAGACAAAUGGGAUGCCAAAAGAACGGAGCCGGUGCUUAACUAUUUCCUAUUGAAAUGCUACGAAAAAGUAUUCAAUGUUUAUCAGAUUUAUGAUAAACGAGGAGGUAGGAUGAUGUGGACAGUUCUUGUGAACUACGAUCACGCAGAGAAAUUCUACUUUGAAAUAGAUAUUUUCUUAACAAACAUGCCGAGCAAAAGGAUUAUUUACAGACGUCCAUGCAAAUGUGAAAAAGACGCAGAUUUUCUAGUGCAUACUCAAAACAUUUACAUUCCAGUAGAAAAUGUUUUCUCUAUGCUGGACGAAGACGAGUGUAUGAACUUUACUGUCAGGAUUGGAGAGGUUGAAAAUUUAGAGCUGCUUGAAACACCAACGGAAAGUGAAAGCAUGAUUUUGCUGAACAGUAAUGAAAACGAAAAUGAGACUUCAUAAAUGAUUAAAAUGUAUUACGAAGAGUUAAUUGAGAAAAGAGAAUAUUUUUUACUUAAUAAUUAUGAAUACUUACUAAUUUUGUAUACACCAAUUAAUAUAAAUAAUCAUUCACCACACUAUCAUCACCACACUGUACUUUCGAUGCAUUGCCGGAUUUAUACAAGAUACAGUGUCUGCAUACAUUCAUCUGGAUUCGUCAAUCUCUUGUGUGGACUGUGACGUCAUGAUGCCAUAUUAUAACCUCCUUAUAUUGCACAUGUAUUUUUUUGUCCCCACCGGUUAUUUGAACUGCUUUUUCAUGUAACUGGAAUAGCAAACAAGCUGACGGUCCUCCUGAUAGUAUGUAGCAACUGUCCCUAAUAUACAUAAACAUAUCAUGACGAUAUCCUUUUUAGUUCUGCACAAUAUUUUAUAUUACGUUACAAAGACAAAGGACGAAGUCCCUUUUUUCUUUGUCUUUGAAUAUUGUAACUUAAAUUUAUCAACAAAACCAUGGUCACUGUUUAACUUAUAAACAAAUUGAGGUAUUAUUAUUAUUAAUUAUUUUAUCACUAUUUUUGUUAUUUAUCUAUUUAGAGAUAUUAUGUAACGGUUUUGAUAAGAAAUGCAAUCGUACAGUCUGUGAA